AUGUCAUCCGAGUCCGCCGCCGCGCUUCAGCGCUACACCGCCUUCGUGGAGGAGAUUCUGCGUCCGCAACUAAAGCAAACACUUGCUCACCGAGACGCACUAGCCCAGGAAGUGCACGAGUACCAAGAGCUUCGUGAGCUGCUGCAAGAACUGGCUCAGAAUGCCAGCAAUCCGGACAAAUCGACACUGCACACGCUACUGGAUGUGGGCGAGCGCUUCCACGUGCGCGCCAAGGUGCCGGACACGUCACUCAUUACAGUGGACAUCGGACUUAGUUUCCACGUCGAAAUGACAGUCCCCGAAGCUCAGAAAUUCGUGCAGAAUCACCUUAUCCACUUGACAGAGAAGAGGAACAAGUGGCAGGAGAAAGCUCGACAGGUGUCGGACCACGUGAAUCUUGUCAUCGCCAGCAUCCAGCAGCUCGCAGCGUUACAGUGA